AUGGGUGAUGUUAAACAAGGCAACAAAUUUGCCAUUCAUGAUGCUAUUAAAGAAGGAAAUACUUUAUUAGCCAAGAAAUUAAUUGAUGCACAACCUACGAAUCAAUUAUAUAUAUCAGAUGAUGAUGAAAGAACUCCAUUACAUUGGGCAGUUUCAUUUAAUAAUCUGGACUUGGUCCAAUAUAUCUUACUGAAAACUCCUAAUGAUUUAGAUAUUGAUGAAUAUGUUGAUGGUAGUGGAUGGACACCAUUACACAUUGCUGCCUCAUUAGGUAAUUCUACCAUAUUCAAUCAAUUAAUGAGAAGAGCAACCACCACUACCACUAACAAUAAUACUUCUGAACCAGAACUUGAUGUUAAUUUACAAACUAAUUCUGGAACUACUUGUUUACAUUUAGCAAUUAGUAAGAAUAAUUAUGAUAUAGUCAAAGAAUUAAUUGAGACCUAUAAAGCCAAUUGUCGAAUCAAAGAUAAAAAGGGUUAUACACCAUUACAUCGAGCUGCAAGUAUUGGAUCAAUACCAAUAAUUAAAUUAUUAGUAGAUAAGGGGAAAAUCAAUAUUAAUGCUCAAGAUAAUGAUGGAUGGACUAGUUUACAUCAUGCAUUGGCUGAAGGACAUGGUGAUGUUGCGGUACUAUUGGUUAAAUUGGGAGCUGAUCCAAAUAUUGUUAAUAAUGAUGGUGAAACUCCGGUGAAAGUGGCAGUUGAUGAUAAAGUGGCUAAAUAUUUUACUGAAAAUAUAUAA